GUGGAGGCCCAGACGUGGCGCCGAGCGCAGACAUGACCCGUGUGCCAUUAUCCAGCCUGAGCGCUGGCACCGGGGGACCUCCCAGUAACGUCUCAUCCCAGGCUCGUGCUCCUUGCUUCCAGAAGUACCUCAGACAGGAGGGCAACUGGUGUCUGAUGGGGCUGGGUCAUGGGGCCUUAUGUCGUCCAGGGUGCAACGAGUCAGUCUUCUGCUGGUGUCGUUGCAGGCGGUAACCAGCGUGAACUGGCCCGUCAGAAGAACAUGAAGAAGCAGACUGACUCUGGCAAGGGGAAGCGGCGUGAUGACGGCCUGUCGGCUGCUGCCCGGAAGCAGAGAGACUCUGAAAUAAUGCAGCAGAAGCAGAAAAAGGCCACUGAGAAGAAGGAACAACCAAAAUAACAUGUGGAGAACUUGGUCUGGCCCAGAAGUGAGGCAGCAUCCCUGCCCUUCACCUUUGUGCUUGCCCUGCUCUCCUCUCCAGCCCAUCACAGCCUUCUGGCCCUCUUGCUGGUAGAAUGCAAAGCGUGUAGCCCGCCAGGAUUGUCUGCGCCUCCCCGCUCUCUACAAUGUGCAGCCAGUGUUGGCCCAGAGGGGUGGCCUGGCGCUGCGUAGCCAAGCAGCUGCAGGAGCCCCUCCCCCUUAUUCACAUCGGACCCACUUCCAUGUAUUAAAGUAGCUUUUGGAUUCCUCA